UCUCAGACCGUUACCGACUCUCCCUCCCAGCCGUCCUGCUGGAGCGCGGAGAUAAGCCGGGUGCUGUAGUGCCGGUGACGUUCACCCUUUGCAGCCCGGCCGGGGACGUUCAGCCUAUGGUAACGUUUGCCUUCAUUGCGUAGAAUAAUGUCACCGAAGAAACCAGGUCUCAGACAGCCUCGCUGAAGCACGCACGGUAGAAACCCACCCAGCUGCCAGACGUCCUCAGUCUGGACCCGUCUCUCAGGUCUGUCCCGCCUGCCGGGCACCCAGCGGGGUCACCCUGCCCUUUCCCGGCGCUCCUGCUACCCGCGCUGCCGCGGCGCUGGGCUGGGCAGCAGCCCCCGCAGCCCAGCGGCCAGGCGGUGCCGAGGCGUCCUUUGUGCUUGUGGCACCGAACCGCCGCCGCGGGGAGGUGUGCCCGCGUGUCCCCGUGCCGGCUGUGCCUGCCCGCGGGGCCGCUGGACCGAGGCCGCCGCGGAGCUCUCUGGAGCCUGCCCGCCCCCCGGCCGCACCGCCCUGCGGCCGCAUCAAUAAUUAACGGCGGCUCGGGUGUCCAGCGCCUUCCUUCUCGACACUCUACCCGGGGCGGCGGGAGCGUCUCUCUCUGCUCCCCCUGGAUGCGCCGCCGGUUUCCAGUUACCGCGAUGCCAGGCGGUAGGGCGGGAGGGGCCGCGGUAGUGCUGCCACUGCCCCUGCUGCAAUGAGUGAUGCUGCCGGGGGCGGUGGCGGAGGAGGAGAAGCGCAGAGCCACCGCGGCUUCUCCGCCGGUGGCUGCGGGAGCAGCGGCUGUGCGUCGGCCGGGCAGCGGCGCAGGGCGCGGCGGCGUGCGGCUGAGGAGCCCGGGGCCGGCAGCAUGCCGGCUGGGGAAGGGGACAAGGAAGAGGCGUUGCCACCGCCUCGCUCUGCCGCCCUGUUGCGGUGGGACGAGGUGCCUGAGGACUUCGUGGAGUGCUUCAUCCUCUCGGGCUACCGGCGGCUGGACUGCUCGGCGCAGGAGUGCCUGGCCUCGGUGCUUCAGCCCACCAACGAGACUCUGAACGUCUGGACCCACUUCAUCCCGCUGCUGUUCUUCCUCAACCGCUUCGGGCGGCUGCUGCUGUGGGGGGCCGGGGAUGUGCCCUUUCACCACCCGGCCCUGCUGCCCCUCUGGUGCUAUGCCUCGGGGGUGCUGCUCACCUUUGCCAUGAGCUGCACGGCCCACCUCUUCAGCUGCCUCUCCCCGCGCCUCCGCGCCACCUUCUACUACCUGGACUACGCCUCCAUCAGCUACUAUGGCUUUGCCAGCACCGUGGCCUACUCCUACUACCUGCUGCCAGGCCUGAGCCUGAUGGACGCCCGUGUCAUGAGCCAUUAUGUGCAGCAGCAGCUGGGCUGGCAGCUGGACUGCAGCCUGCCCAUCAAGGCCUACCGUGCCCUGAUGCUGCCCGUGGCCCUGGCGCUGGCCGUGGGCUGCACAGCCGCUUGCUGCCACAGCCGUGCCACCUGCUGUGCCUACCCCUUCGCUAUACGCACCUUUGUCUUCGUCAUGCCGCUGAGCAUGGCCUGCCCCAUCAUGCUGGAGGGCCUCCUCUUUGACCUUCGCGCCCGCAACCCCACGCUCUUCAUCUACUUCUACCGACGCUACUUCUGGCUGCUGGUGGCUGCCUUCUUCAACGUCAGCAAAAUCCCCGAGCGCAUCCAGCCAGGGCUCUUCGACAUCGUGGGGCACAGCCAUCAGCUCUUCCACAUCUUUACCUUUCUCAGCAUCUAUGACCAGAUGCACUACGUGGAGGAUGGUCUGGCCGAGUUCCUCAAGGCACCCCAGGCUGCCCCCACCUACCUGGGCACCGUGGGAUAUAUGCUGCUCCUGACGAUCUGCCUGGCCGUGGUCGUCAGGAGGUUCCUCAGCGUCACAGACCUCUGUAAGCAGGACUAGCGAGGCUGCCAAGCCUCAGGACAGCAACCACCGCACCAGUCCCCUUGGGGCUGGAGACCCUCGAGCCGACAACCUUCAUGUUGGCCCUACCACGUCCUGAAGAUGCUGUGAUGCCUCGGGGAGAUACACCUGUGGAAGAGCCAGGUCCCUUCUGCAGAGCGUUACCAGAGUGAAAGGAGCAGGUGGAACUGCUUGUGCUCUUUAAACGACUAGGUUACCAAGGGAAGUAAAUGCUUACCGGUACGUUACUGCUUAGAGUAGAAGCUGAAAUAAUUUAGCUCUGCUCCUAGGAAGAAUGCAUGGACUGUGAAUGCCACUUAACCAAUUUCAGAACAAUUAGAGAUAAAGUAGCUCUUGGAUAUACAUAUAUAUAUAUAUAUUUAUAUAUCUAGCUAUAUAUUUAUUAGCUACAUAUAUGUGUGUGUAUAUAUACACACCUGAAGACACUUGUGCAAUGAUUACUCAGACUUGAUCAACUCCUAUGUCAAAUUUCCUAGCAGAUUAUGCACUGGCAUUUAUCUUCCUCUGUGAUACUUUAACAAGCCUUUGCAGCCACAUACUGGAUUUUAAAUGCAAACAAAUCAAUAGCUAGCUAUAGUUUUUAAGGUCUUGCAGCCAGGGAACAAUAGAUUUAGCAGAGAGGAAAAACAGCUGUGAAUUAUUACAGAAUUACCAGCUGAUGGAGAGACUUUAAUUAGACAGACAGUGAGUGGUUGGUGUAGCCACUCGGAUACUGAAAUAAAAUAAAGGGAUAUGUAAAAUAACUGAACCAGAAAGAGGCCAAACUGGCUUUGAGUGGGGGCAGGGGGGAGAAGGGCACUGCAUAAUGGCAUAGCUCUUCGCCCGGCAUGUCAGGAACAUCUGUUGUGUUAAGGAGGUUGCUAAGGGGGCCCCUUUAUCUUCCCUGGUAAAUCACUCCCAAAUCAGCCCUUUAGCAUCAAAGUCAGAUGCCAGACUUUCUGUAAGCCCCUGCCAAGCUCAGUGGGAGUUUUGUGGAUGUAAAGAGAGGAGGUGAAGCAUGAGGUCUCAUUCUGGAUCUUUUAAAGAAUGACACGGAACUAGUUACUCUGCUCUUUAAUUAGUAAACUGUCAUAUUUACCAUUCUAAAACUAGUUGCAGAAUAAGGUGCUGCUUAGUCUGAGUUCUAGACCUAAAAAUCUCUCUCUACAAGUACCAAAUACUGGCACUUUCUCAUCAUUCCCCACCUUUUCCUAUUUUCAUUAGUUGCUCCUGCAGCUGAGUUUGAAGUUCAGAGGUUUUGAGGGAGUUCAAAGAGAAGAAUUAUGAGAUAUUCUCCAAAUCUUUUCACACUAGUCCAGGUAUUGUCCUUCUCACAUGACAAAACAGCUAACUGUAGAUUGAACUUAAUCUCUGUGUAGUAGAGACAGUUUUGUAAACCAUUUGCAGACUUUAUGGACAGAUGUAUUUUGGUUUUGUCCAACAUAACAAGUGACAAAUAUGCAAUAGAUGUAACACAAGGGGGUUACAACUUGAAGUUUAGGUGAGAAACUACUCCUAUACCCCAUUUUCCUAACAAAAAGAGGUGAUGGUUCCUUAGGAAAUGGUAUCACACUGCACAAUAGUGGGUUGGCUCUUUAACUCAGCCUCUUUGCCUAUAUGAUUGAAAUGGAUUUCUGCUUGAGCCUUUCCCAUUUUCAUGGACAUGGCAUCCAAACCCCAAGAAAAUAUUUUGAGUCCACUCCCCGAGUCUUCUCUAAGACAAAGCCCCCUUUGUUUAUAGGAAGGACUAUAUCUAAUGAUGAUUAAUAUAAGUUAGAAUAAUCACAGAAACCAGUAAUUGAUAUGUCUUGUACUAUAUCAGGUUUGUGAAAACUUCCCUGUGAAACAGCGUGAGCUGGAAGGAAACUACACCCACUUAGUUUUAGCACAGCCCAUUUUAACUACAAUGGUUUGACUCUCUGAGAUUUUCAGUGAAUUAUGAGAAUGGCCUAACAAUAAUACCCUUUUCCAGGCCCAGUUCUGCCAGUAUCUAAUUUGUUGUAGGGUCAGAUGUGGUCUCUUACAGAGACUGGCUAGAUUUUUCUGAAACAGCAAUUCCCAAGCUGUGGCCUCUUGAGUUACCACUGAUAGGGCAUGAAAACCAGCAUGGCCCCUUGUGGCUGUCGCUGUUCUAUUUUCAUUUGCCAACCUGCAUUCAAAGAAAACGAAAAGCUACACAAAGUAUUUUUAACUUUACAUUUUUUUUUAAUUAACCUCUGUUGUAAAUAUGGCAUUGCUUUAUUCAGCCCCUAAUAAACCAGGUAAUUAUCUGUGCUACUGGAAGAGGAGGCUGGUUCACAACACUCUUGUGCUUUGAAAUACGCUUUAGAUUGUGAAACAACAUUGGAAACCCAGAAAGCAAAUGGAUCAAGACCCAUAACGGUGUCAUCCUAUGAAUUUUGACAACUGCAAAAAGAGGUCACAAUCUUUGAGAUGUGCUGUAUUCAAGUUAAAAUAAUGGAGGCAAAGUAGAGCUCAAUGACUCAUCCAAGUUUCAAAACUAAUUAUGCAGGAAGUGUUUGCCAGAGAGAUGCCACUAGCACGUCUAACUAGCAAUUAAGAAGUAAGAAAGAAAUCAGAAAGGCCAGGGAGAGAAAAUCUCAGCAGUAGGAGACAGUUCAGAGACAACAGUGAAAUCCAAAUGUCAUUUUAAGGAAAGGGUUUUAAAGGAAUACUGUGUAAUGAAUUGUGUUUGUUAUUCACAACAUAGAGGGCAUCUUGAGAGGCAGUGUUUAAAAAAGGCUGUUGCUAACUCAUAAAAAUACAUUUGAUAUUUGUAGUUAGGCCACCCAGGGUCAUCUAUAUAUAUAUAUCAACAACAGAUAACAGUGUAAAGGUUGGGUUGCAAGCAACUGCAGUUUUACAGGACUCUUGCUGCUAUAAGAGUUGCCUGUAAGCUCCAGUCGUGCUGUAGAUUUGGUACCUGGCUCUGCUAGUAAGGAUAUUUCUUUAUUCACAACUUACUAUAGGCAAAAUGUUGAGGCACGUGUAUGAGCCUGAGCACUUUGUGGGAUUAUUUGUAACUGCUAGUUGCAAGUGCUGCUCUCUGAGCCAUCGUAAGCAGGCUAUGUGAAUCAGGAGUGAAUGGGUACAGGGAGAUGUGAAUAGGUUUUAAGUCUUCUAAUUUAUGUGUGUUUACUUAAAACGUGGCUACAAAUCAAAAAGUUAGAGUAAGUGUGGAGACUAUCUAUGGAAAUGCCUGAAGGUCUGUGUUUACUCAGUGAAGGACAUGUAUGUAGAUAAUUGCUCUGUUUUCCAUGUCCAGUAGUCAGUCUCUGUAAACACAGAGGGAAGAAAACUGAGAGGUUAAAACUGGAACAGUAUAUCUAUAAUUAUAGUGCUUGACUUUGCUUGUGUAGAAGGGAAUGUCAGCAUUGACGUGGCUUGUAAGGGAGCGAGAUCUCUUUGUGGUAUGAAAGCACAUCUGGUUGAACAUCUGUAAGCACGUCCAGAGCUUAAAAGCAAGGCCUGACCUGCAGACUACAUGCAUAAGGACCCCCUAGAAAACAAAAUGGUUUGCCUAAGCACCUGCCACAGCAUUUUUAUUGCCUGGGUACCUGCCAUAAGGUCUACACUGGGGACUCCAUCAUUUUAAAUCUUAAAAGAUUUCUCAGGCCUUCAGUGGUAGAAUCUGUGUGGAAGAAGACAAGGUGAGGACUGGAAAUACCUCUGGGUCUUUCCAUCUUCGUCCAAUACUGAUUUUAGACUGACAUACCUGUGCCAACGUGAACUGACUGUUGGUGUUGACAGAGUGUUGGUGGUACAGACGCUCCCCGUUGCCAUCAGCAUGUGCCUAGAACUGCAGUCUACCCAAUGGCAUGUAUCCAAUAAGCCCAACUCCUGGGCACUUCCAAGUAAACCUGUAAGCUUCAAGCUUACCUUUGUAUCAGAUCAGCAUGCCUGGUCUGCAGCAGUUAUUCCAUGGUGAUGCACCAUUUCUUCUUCUGUAGUGUAUUCAUUCGAAUGCCACCAUCCAGGAUAUCUGUGCAGCUCUCAGCUGCUUUGUGAUCAAGACUGGAGUCUGCAGUCUGGAAACAAAGGCAAAAGUUUCAUCUGCAUGCUGCACUUUUAGAAACCUAGCAAUUAUAAGUAGAAACACAUCAGGUUUUGCUAAAAAGAUAGUUUUGCUUAGAUGUCCCAAGUGUUGUGCUUAUUAUUUAUUUGCUGAAUUCAGCUACUCUGUUGGGCUUUUGUCAACAGUGCACCUGCAAAAAACGACAGUAUGAAAGUUUUACUUGCUGUUUAAGUGAACUCUGAGGUAGCACAUUGAUAAAGUAUGAUUGCACUUAGCUCAGUUGAUUACCAUCCACAUGUCUUACAGAAGCAAAGCAUACCUGUAGUCAUUGCCCAGACUUUUUUGUUUUUCAUCGUCUAUGAGAGUGAAAAUGACUAAGUGGCUGCUACCCAGCUGAGGAGUCAGGCACUCCUGGGUCUGUGUCCGUGCUUUGCCACUAUCUGUUCUGUAACGUUGGGCAAGUUGUUGAAACUCUGUCCAUUUUGAAUGAAUUUAACUCAUGUAAAACACUGGAAUUGUACCAGGGUUGAAUUUGAGCCUUGGUGUCUCAGUUUCCACAUCUGUAAGAUGGGGAGAAUAUACCUUACCUACCUCGCAGGGUUGCUCUGAAGACUAGCUAAUGUUUGUAAAGCACUUAAAAAUGCAAAGACCCUCCUAGGUGCUAAGAAGAAAUACUACUGAACUCCGGCAGAGAGAAUGUUCUGUUUUUCCAUAGCUCUUCAUCUCACAAGAAGAGGAACACUGAACAUUGUUAGAUCAUGAACUCAUGGGACAAACCCUUGUCAUGGCCACGCUCCUACGAGGUUCACAUCCUGUGUCCUUUGGAGGUGAUGGCGAAAUUUUCAAGACCCAAGCAGUAAUAAACAGGCUAAAUGUUUGAGGGUCAGGAAUAAAGAGUUAAGUACUCUUCAGAAAUUCUCACUGGUGACUUGUACUGAGGGAAAUUGUAAUGCUGACAUGAGGCCUCGUUGUUCUUUUAGCCAUGGAUUGUACUCCAGUUACCAUGAGACAGCGGAGUAGGGGUUCCCAUCGCUGCCUGUAAAAUUAUGGUCAUGUCUCAGUUGCCAAUGGGAAUUUUAACCUACUUCAAGCUACUUCUUAUCAGAAUAAAACGACCUUAAUAAAUGAAUCUUUUACGUAAACAUGCAUAAUUGCUUGGGAACAUAAAGUUAUAUUGAUCAGACAAACUUUCUCUUUUCCCCUCCCAAUACAAACAACGUGGAGCCGGUCCUAGUUUUGAGAGAAAACUGAACUUAGAUCUUCUUAUCACAUAUGUUUACUCUUCCUUUGCCAUGGAGCCCUGGCUAAGCACACUGAUAACCCACUCUUCCCUUCUCUUGGAAGGGCUGAUACAAACAGCACCACUGAGUAGAGGACGGUGUUUUUUAAGAGCUUCCCUAACUGGUAGCAGCAGUGGAGACAGAAGACAACAAAGACAUCAAAGGGUUUGAGGGGUUCAUUAAGUCAAGGCAUCUACCAUUAGAAAUUCACCCUAUCCCAGUAUAUUCCUAGUUUCUGCUAGACACCUGCAAGUCAGGGCUACACAACUGACACCCAAGUUACAGCUGAGGUAUUACCCUCUUCUCCUCAGAUGAGAUGUAAGAAGCUGAAGAAAUGUCACACGCACUGAAAACCUCCACUGAAGACAUUAAUGUCUUGGAGCUGGGUGUGGAAUAGAGUUACCUUCACAACUUGCUUAGGCAGAUGCUGCUGCAUUCCACUGAAUUCAGUAAUAAAUUAAUGACCAAGACAAAAGAAGCAGGCUUUUGCUCAAAGUACCCUCUAAGGAAAUAAAAACCACCAGCAGACUUUUGCUUUCAGGGCAAUUGCUUCCUGGUCCACGCUGAGAACACUGAGGGCUAUGAAGUAGGGCUUCGCUAUUUCACGUGAAGGCCUUAGCACUUGUGGUUGUAGCUAGGAGUUAAUAGUAUGGAGAAACAGUUUAUAGCGAGUCAGCUCUGUCUGCUAGAGAUCCAAGCAUGCUUUUUAGUAAGAGAUAGCACAUUUAAGGGUCUGUGCAUGCAAUGAACAAAAAAACAUAAAGUGAAAUUUGUCUGGUUCUGAACAAAAAGUGUGAAUUUUCUCUUGGUUCUGUUGGGAGGGUUUGAAAAUUUACUCUUUGUACACUUUUGGAUGCUGAGUACUCUGUAUGUAACUACUAUGCAUUUUUAGGGGGAAAAAAAAGUGUGAGCUAUAAAUAAAGUUGAUUCUGAAUAAA